GAAGAUGGCACUGCCGGUGGCCAGACGGUGUUGCGGGUUCCUAUCUAUGGACACAGGCUGCUUCAUUUAUUGUAUUAUUUCCAUUGUGCUGUGUCUGUGUGCUAUGGGCGUUGGUUCUUGGAAGCUGCCGCGGCACAGAGAACAACGCAACGAAGACAAUAUGAUCCUCAUGAGCUACGUCAUGUUCUCAACCCUAUCAUGCAUCAGCAACUUUGUAGCUAUCGUAGGGAUUAUAAGGAAACGCUCUAGCUACCUGCAAGUGUCGCUGCUGACGAAUUCCGUGUUCAUUUUAUGCAUCUUCCUGGUCGUAGUGGUGACGUGCCUCUUCAGCCCCACUCUUAAGCUAUACACUGCAGAGGCAGGGUAUAUCGUGCUUAUUAUACUGCUUGUUGUUGCUGGAUUUGUGUAUUCCGUGUAUUACCUGAUGAUACUGAACAGUAUGUACUGCAAACUUAAAAUGACGUUUAGUGACAGUGCAAUACCAGUCUAGACCUGUGUCUCAUGUGACAACAUGUUGUAUCUGUGUUCACCAGUGCUUACUGUCUCCACAAGGAACUUGACGCGACGGAAAGAUUCUUCGUGAAGGAAAACUGGUGACUAAACAUUCUUGAAGCCGGACUACUUGCAGAUGUGAGAUUUUUUAAAAGUACCUACAUUGAGGAAAAUGUAAUGUCUGUAGAGAAGAAAUGCAAUAUUUUCAAGAGAAACAGUGCUAAGUAUGAUUUAUGCGGGGAACAAAAUAAACUGGUUGUUU